CUGCAACUGCCUUCUUUCUCAGACACGCAAUUUUCACACACGCCACGAGAAGCUUCACAGCAGCAACCACCUUCACCAUGCCUGAACGCCUGAGCAAAGUUGAUGCGAAGACUGACCCGUCAGUCACCAAGCAAUACGACAGCAAGACCUCAGCAACCGACAAGUUCGUCGACUUUUACGAGAUUACUGAUAGGAUCAAGACUGCCAGCUUCAAUACCUAUCGUCCUGGAGUCGGACCCGUCGGUCGUUCCAUGGCCGUCGCGAAGAGAACAGGUCCAGACUUUCUCUUCCUGGCCAAUGCCAACAGUACCAAGGUCAAGGAUCUCGAAGCCAACAAAGAAGUCCAGCUUUCCUUCCGUGAUAGCAAGACGGAAGAUUGGGUCUCAGUCACAGGAGAGGUCGUCUGUAUGACGAACGACGAUCCUCGCAUCAAGGAGAUCUAUUCCAAGCCCGUGAAAGUCUGGUUUGGUGACAUUGGUGAUGGUGUUCACGAUGGCGGACCAGAAGAUCCGAGAAUGAAACUCAUUGAGGUGAAGAGCAAGUACAUCACUUACUGGAAGCGUACGACCGGCGCUCUGGGUUUCGCCAAAGAAAUUGGUGGAGCUCUGCUUACUGGUGAUGUUGCAAAUACUGGCGAUCUGAGAGAGUUACAGGAGACAGAGAUCAAUCAGGCGCGCGUCCGUGAUAGCGCACUCAGCAGCUAGAAUCUGUUUCUGCUGGAGAUCUGUUAGGCCGAGUCGCGUGAAGAAGAAGAGUCGAGUGGGUCGAGAGUUUGUACGACUAGGUGGAGCUUCUUCAAUGCCUUGAGAGGCUGGUAGUGCGUGCGCGAAUGCACGAAUCGAAUGAUUAAAUCUGUGAACAGAAUACCGUUACCCCUGCACCUGCGAUACACAAUUCUGCAACCUUGCCGCGUCGUGUGACAAGCAGUUCUGGACUACAAUGAUGAGUGAACGUAUGUGCCCCUGUUCAGGGAGAUCUGUCAGGCUCCACUCACCAGUAUUUAAAAUACUUCAACCUUUCCAGACAUACUGAGGAACAGAAGAUAGCGAAGACUUGACUUGCGCUCUUCAGGAGGGUGCCAGAAUAUCGCCCAGAACUGGUUGGUGAUACCUAUCCAUUACAUGUAUGUUUUCAGCUGGGGAUACGGGGUCUUGCAAAGGAGAAUCAGCCCGUUUGCUGGAAGAGGAGAUCUAAGUCAAAUCUUGAUCACACAAUUGACAGGAUAUUUGUG